GCCCGAUUGCCCAACCAGCGUUUCCAACCCUACAGGAUGGAAAGGGGGAGAGAGGAAAUGAGAGUCAUUUCUGGCACGUGAUCCGAUCCUGUUUCCUCAUUGGCCCCGAGUGCAGUCACUGGGCUCACAGCUUGGACAGUACGUGCAAUACAGGAGCUCGGGUGGCCCAGUUCAUGUUUGAGCCAGUGAAAGGAGAUGUGUGGUUAUUUCCCAGGUCGAGUCAUCCCUGUAUGUGUCGCUGGUUUGCCAAUGAUCUGAUCUUUAUCCCACAGUCUUUGCUGAUGUCGACUUUUCCUCUAGUGCUGCGUGAUUUUUCCGGUACAUUUCUGUCCGAGGAGUUAUACUACCAUCGAAAGGCCGAUGUGCUUUCUAGUCACAGUGGAAAUCAUUUCUUUUCCUGAGAGAAUUUCUAUGAAUUUCUAUUUGGCGUGCGAAUCUCAUUCCAGAGUCUACUCAAACUUUCCAACCUUCAUCACUCGACAAAAAUGACGAUGGAUGCAGUACUUUGUUUUGAUCUGGCCAGUGGAUGAUGUAACUUUUUCAAAAGAAAUUUGUGGAUUACUGUUUUGCCUGCUUCACUGACUCUGCGGAGAGACAUUGGGAAUAGUUUUUGCCAGGAGGGGUUGGUUUCUGGGAAAUGGGCCAGAACCAAUCCAAGGAGGAAUUCUCGAGGGAGUUACAAAUGCGAAUGAACAGCACCCGUGCAUUCCGGGCGUCAUGGUUGAAGAAAGAGGGUGCGAUGAAAUUUUGGAAGGAGGAUAAAGAGAAUGAUGCAGUGUACAGUGUAUACCUCAAGAAGGUCCGGUACAGGCACUCGGUGCCCUCCAUCGUGGAAGAGGGGACCGCUGAGCAGAACUCGGGCCUGGAAUGGGAGACGGUCAAGGUGCAGAUGAUCAAAGCGGCCAGCGUUGAACGGCUGGUGGAGAACCUACCACUGGCCCUGCAGGAGAUGGACUCCAGCUACAUCAACGUCUUCUUCUGCACCUACCAGACCUUCACUAACCAGAUGGAGGUGCUCCAGAUCUUACUGGACAGGUUCAAGAAACACCAAAUUGGCAACAUGUCAAAGGAAGACACCCAAAAAAACAUCCGUUCAGUCAUCUUGAUGUGGCUGGAUGAGAACCUGGAUGACUUUCGGGAGCACCCCGACUACCCCUGCCUCAGCCGGCUGCAGGAGUUUGCUGGUGAGGUCUUCGACCUAGAGCUGGGGGAACGAGCCAGGAGGCGGGUGGAGUUCUUCAAGGAGGAGGCCAAAGAAGCUGAAGCAAGCAAUCAGCUGUCAUUCCAGGCGAGCAUGUGCGAUGAGGUGGACGGAGUCAUGAUGGACAACAUGUUCCUAGACAUCAAGAAUGUUGACAGCUUACUGUUGGCACAGCAGCUCACCUGCAUGGACGCGGACCUGUUUAGGAAGGUCAACCUUCAGCACUGCCUGGGGGGAAUGUGGUCGCAGCGCGACAAGACAAAAACCAGCUUCAACGACGUUGCCUCAGUCAAGGCAACUGUGACGCAAUUCAAUGAUGUCUGCAACCGCGUCAUGACGACGGUCAUCGAGGACAAAACAUUACGGUCACACGACAGGGCGGCCAUAAUUAAGAAGUGGAUAGAGGUAGCACAGGUGUGUCGAGAGAUGAAGAACUUCUCCUCUGCCAAAGCCAUCAUUGCCGGUCUGCAGACCCAUCCCGUCCACCGACUGAGGAAAGUCUGGAAUGCAGUGCCCAGGGCACACGUGCUUCUCUUUGAGGACCUAGCGAGCAUAUUCAUGGACGACAACAAUUUUGAAAUGAGUCGAGAGCUGCUCGUGAAGGAGGGUACAGCCAAGUUUGCCUGCGUGGACUCCCCAAGGAUAUCCCGCAAGCCCAUCCUGAACCUGGUGCGGAGGCUAAGCAAUGAGAAGGCUUCAGGGCAGAGGCGGGAAAGUGCGCGCAUGCAUGGUACCGUACCUUACCUGGGUACUUUCCUGACAGAUCUGAUCAAGAUCGACGUGGCCUACCCAGACACGAUAGGCGACGGCCUCGUCAACUUUGAGAAGAAGCGCAAGGAGUUUGAGGUGAUUGCCCAGAUCAAACUGCUGCAGAACGCGGCCAAAAACUACCGCAUCCAGCUGGUGCCAGAAUUUGUGGACUGGUUUAACAACAUGAACGUCAUGACUUAUGCCGAGUGCUGUGAGGUGUCAGACGAGAUCUCUGGGUUCACGCCAACCUCCCAGUCUCCAAUGUUCAACACGCCAGACAGGAAGGGUAGUGCCUUCAGGCGCUUCUUCAGCUACACAGCAGAGGACACCACUAAGAGCCACCGCAGCAGCAGUAGUUUGAGCAGCACCAGCUCCACAGGCUCAGCUGGCUCGGCUGAAACCCCCCUCCUGGAGGAUGGAAUGAGCUUCUCUAGCGAGAGCUCCCCAGCCACCUCAGUGAAUGGCGGGGAGAAUCUACCGCUGCGGCGGGGGGAGAUCAGGAAGACCACCGGCGGGGUGAAGGAAAGGGAGAAGUUGGUGCGCAAGAUUUCAGCAUCCUACUCCAUGACUGACCUGACCCAGCUAAUCGUUCCAGAGAAGCACAAGACACCCGAAACCUUCCCCUCGGCAUCUUGCCGUAUCAUCAGGAUCUCCCUGGAGGGCAGCGAGUGCAAUGUCUACAAGAGCAUCGUGAUCACGCAGCAAGAGCACACGCCCUCAGUCAUCAAAACCGCCGCUGAAAAGUACAGCCUACCAGCCGAGGAGAACCUGUCCGAGUUCAUGCUAGUUCAGAGCCUACCCAUGGGAGAGCUCAAUAUACCGGACAAUGCCAAUGUCUACUAUGCGAUGAACGCCAACGUGGAGCCAAACUUCAUGUUGAAGAGAAAGCCCCCACCUGGAGCCGUCAUCAAGCGCAACAUCACCAAGUCCCGAAGGACGAGGAUGUCCUGGAUACGAGACGGCCACGACUCGUGACAACAAACCCCCUGCGCAUGACAAAAGCACAACACAGCAAGUGGUAUUUAUAUUCCUUAGGGUGUAGACAAGUCACUCCACUGUACAAAUGUGACCUGGGUUUUGCACCUGACCCCACUUGGCAAAAUGAAGCACAGGUCACUGCAGCCACUGUUGAGUUCAGGGCACUCAAUGGAAACUUGCACGAUCAACAGGAGCUCUCCAAACGUUCACCCACAUAGCGUCCAUUUCAUCAGGAUCCCAAACUGAAUGGUACAUCAAAACAAGGAAUUCAGUUUGCUAUUUGUAAUGCAAACUGAGACUCAUUUUGUGGGAUCUAGUCAGAAAGUCCCUAUCAUGGCCGCCCAAAUACCUCAUUAAACCCCAUUAUCACUAGGAAUUCAUUGAACAUCUUUUUAGGCACCUAGAGGGUCUCAUUGGAUGGUGUGUGGGAUAUUGUUGGAGACGCAGUAUUGUCACUUUUAUUCAGUUCAUUUUGAGUUCCUCUGAUGGCCAGAUGUACAAAUAUUUAUUACCAGAAGAUAGGACCCAUGAUAUGCAAAUGUAGUAGAAUGUAGAUUGUUCGAAAGGCUGACAAUAAUGUAUUUCCUGUCUUCAUUUCCAAUUUUUCACAAGUUUGCCUAAGUUUGUUUCCUCUGCCAAUGUUUUGUUAACAGAUUCCCGACAACUCUUCCAAGAUACUUUUGUUCGUGAUAUCGUUUUAAGCAGCUUAUCUUUGUAUGACCUCAAAUUGUACCAGAAUGUAUUUUAUUGGAUCUCAGUUGAAUAGCUAUCAAAAACAGAUGUAAUAUAGCAAAAUGUGUAUGUAUUCUUCUGUAUAAAUUGUGUAAUCUAUUCUAUGUAUGUAGUAUAUAUUAAAAAAAUACUUGUAUGAUAUUUGUGUAAUAUUCUUGUAAUAUUAUAUUAUCAACAAUAUAUUUUAUGUGAUGAGCUCAGUAGAGUCAGAAUGGAUGAGUUUAUAAGAUAUCUGUUGUCUUAUUUCAUCUACAUGUAUAUCCUGUACUUGAUUAGAAAGGGAAAUCCAGUUGUUCAGAAGAAAUAAAUUUUAUCAAUCUUACAGAUAAACUUUUCUCAGCUAUAGGUUGCCUUUAGCAGGGAAGAUAUCUGUUGAUAGCCAAAUCUUUUUUUUCAAUUUCUAUUGUUUGUAUAAUUUUUUGAUUGAUUUUUUAAAUCCGAAAUUUUCAAAUCCGAAAAAGCUUGGAUUUCUUGCAUGCCAAGUUUUGAAUUUCUGCCUUGAUUUGCAGUGGCUGAAUAUUUAAAGGAGGUUCCUGGAUUUUCAUGGAAGAGGAAGUUGAAAAAUUAUGAAAUUCAAACUGGAAAAUACAGGGGGGCUUUCCAGAAUUUCUGAUCACUGGUUAGCUUAUUUACCCAUUUAAUCUGUGACACUAACUUCUGGAAAUUACAAUGUAUUUUCCUGUUUUUGUUGUUUAUUUUUUUUAACAGUAUAAUUGCAGUUGUUACAAAUCUUGUCUCAGAUGAAAGCACAAAUUUCUUUUACUUGGAAACUUUAUUUUUUAUUGUAGUUAGAGCAGCUUUGAUGUACAUAUUUUUGUGAAUUCUAAAUUUUGGUGGUUUAGAUGAAAAGUAAUUAGUUUGCUCCAUUUUCCAGGGAUUGUGUCGAGAAAAGGUACCCCAGAAUUUAGAGAGUUUGAGGGUAACUUUGGAAAGGGCCUUCCUUUGCAUCCUGGUAGAUUCAGAAAACCGGGAAAGGAAUGUUGAAAAAUUGAAAGGGUUAGACAAAUGGAAUAUUUCAUCAGUUUGUAUGGUGAUGAUUGUAUUAAGAGUGAAUGAACUGGUUCGUAGGAUGAUGCAGACUUUUUGGGGACAAUUUUGGGGUGGCCCCAUUCGACACAAUCCCAUACAUGCAUGCGUCAACAUUCCAGAAUUACAGAACGUAGUUCUCACCGUAGAUUAACCUAGAAAUCUGUGCCGUCCCCUCUUUGGAUGAUGCCCAGAGUUUGGCGUCACAGACUUGCCAGCAAUCACUGCUUGUAUUUUAAAGGGUCACAUUGUGCUUUAAUAGUGUGGAUACGGGCUUUUGCCAGUGGAUAAAGGUUGAGAAAUUGGGAAGAACCACGGAAGCAAGGCUGAGUUGGUAGGCCACCUGAACUGCUUUCUGGCGGUCUUGGGUUCAUGUGUAACUCACGAUACUGAAUAUUGACAUAAGUUUGCUUAAGUGGAACAAGUACUUGUUAUUCUAACAAUGACAAGCUUCUUGUCUUUAUUUUGACCCCAUAGGCAAUCAGUUUUCAACUGAAUGGCACAAAAGCUCAUGCAUUCCACAUCUACAUUGUAUUAAAUGCCUAGAUUCAGUCUUUAAGGAUGUACUGUACAUAUGAAGUCCACAAGUGAAGAAAAUUUCCAUUUAUUUCCAACUUACUAUUUUACAUGUAUAUUUGUAUUUGUGUUCAUUUGUUCGCUUUAUUUACUCAGAAAGCAGCUUACUGGAGGACACAAUUACCAACCUGCUAAAAUAAUGCUGCCAAUGACUAUUAGUUUUAGACAAUCAUGUUUUUUAUUAACCCACAUUUGUACAAAGGAUGUUUCUGUUGAUGUAUUUAUUGAAAUCGUGUGUAAUUAUGCAAUUAGCCUUAUUUUCCCUGUAUAUGGAUGUACCCAAACACGCAUUAAUUGACUGAAUGUCGUGAUUCACCAUUUGAAAAUCUUGUUAGAAUCUUCAAUUUAUGCGACAGACUUAGAAAUCAAAUCGUCUUGAUCAGACUGAUUUAUUAUUUAUUUUAACUGACACAAGACAGAAAAAGUAAUCAUGCAAAGCAUAGCAACUUCGGCCAUUCUACUACAUUUCCACUAGGCAUGCUCCCGAGAAUUUGAUCAAUUGUUCCAUUUCUAAAAUAGCUCAAAAUUCUGCAUGUAGCACCUAGCUCAGAUUUUUCUAGUCAAGAAUCUUCCCCCCCUGCACUCUCCAUCUUCUUCUUUGGAAUUACUGUGAAGAUUUUCAUGUUGGAUUUUAGGGUUGAAGGGGGCCGCUCAUGUCUCUGUUCGACUUUUCAGGUGCGUAGGAAAAGUUUGUACAUGUACAUGCAUGGUGUCAUUCACAAUUGGGACAAAGCCUGUAAUUGGCAUUGCAUACAUCCCCAAGAUUGUUAUGUCGAGUUUUACAUCCUGCUUCUCUGCACGGUUACUAUGGACACGAAGCAUGCCAAAAAGCGAUUUAGACCAAAUACUUGGUAGCUUUGUGAAACUGUUCCAUUUUUUUAUAAUUUCUUGCCAAAUGAAAAUAGUCUUCCAUCACAAAUCAAUUCAAUUUAAUUUUAAUACUAAACUGUACAUAAUGUUAACAGUAUUUUUAGUUUUUAAGUAAAUUCAAAUAACCAAAAGUUAAUCAGAAAACAACUGGUAAAUGAACAAAAACUCAGUAAAUGUUUAUAUAUUUCAAACAGUCAACUCAAGAAUUGACACUUUACUACUUAAAUUUAAGAAAUGACCAAAAUUUCCCCUGAUGAAUAUGCUCAUUAUUGAAUUAUAGUACAACUAAAUUUCACAAAAACAAAUUGAAAGAUAUAAUUUAAAUAACAUUUUAAUGAAAAAAAGUAGUUUUCCAAGAACCAAGGUCAAAUGACUGUUUCGUGUGUGAUGUGAAGUCUUCUCUUGUUAAAGACUGUAGGCAAAACAUCCCUUUGAAAAAUAAAAAUAUCCAUAAUGGAGAGGCACAAAAUGUACAACGUUAGAAGUCUGUAAUUUUGAGGAUACUGCAUUCUAUCUUUAAAAUGGUAUGUACAGACACUCAUAAUGACUAAUCUCUCAAAUUUAAGACACACCUCUUUACAAGUAGUUAUGUUAAUUUUAAAAAAACCUUGAAAAUAAAUUCCGAUUUUUAAAACAGGGAUAUGAAGGGUCCUGAGAAGGA